UACACCGUUUUUCACAAUCCAUACAUGCAAACCAUCGACCGAUUCAGUCAAAAAGAAGAAAGUUCCUAACGGAUCUAAUCAGAUAUCUGUUUCAAUAUCUAAGAAACAAGAAAAAGAUCAUGAGAAGCAAAGCGACAUCUCAAAGGAAACCAAUAACAAUUGUUUGGAUCAUCAAGACGCCAAUAAGAGCUCUAUGUAAAGCCAAAGAUAUUUACAUUAAAGGCAUCACCAAUUUCAGCAACACAUAUAGUCGCCCUGUGAUGAUCCUUGAAGAGGCUAAUCGUACAACCAUGCAGCUUCCCCGGAGUUUCAGCACCACCAUGCUACCUGACGAUCACAGUCGCCAUCAACAGCCGGAAGAACUAGUCAGGGCUAAUUCCACCAGCAACACUCACAUUAGUAUGGCCGAUCUCGAACGCUACAUGAUACACAAGCAAAACCACCGAUUACAACCAUGUGCCUCAAGGAAAGGUGUGCCCAGAAGUUGCAGUGUUGGGAUGGGGAGAAUCGAUGAAGAUAGGGCCUCGUCUUUCAGAGACGACUGUGUACUGUUAAAAAAUAAGGUCGUUGUUAAGGUUAAAAAUUCAAGACUUUCUAGUAAUUGCAGUUAAUUAUGCUCGUGUGAUGCACCUCAAUAUUAGAACCCACUUUAUGUUGAAGUGUUUAACUCUUGUUAUUUUGGUCUCCUUUAAAGUUAAUGCACGAAUUUAUGUGAAAAAGGGGAUAUGGGACGAGUCGUGUUAUGCUGUUUUGUUUAGAAUGAAUUUGAUUGUUUAUGCAAAUAAAAUUAUUGUAUUAUUCAAGA